AUGUCCUUCUUCUUGGGCAUCGAAAUAAAACAACAAGUCGGCGGCAUUUAUAUAUCACAGAAAAAGUAUGCCAAGGAGUUGCUUAAAAAGUUCAAAAUGGUAGACUGUAAUGCCGUGAACACGCUUGUAACAAUGGGCCUGAAGCUGACAAAAGAAGGAGAAGGAAGAAGCAUGGACUUGACUCUAUUCAAGAGUUUGAUUGGAAGCCUAAUGUUUCUCACAAUCACAAGGCCGGAUAUUGUCUACAGUGUUGGACUUCUAAGCAGGUACAUGGAAGCGCCAAAAGAAUCACACUGGCUAGCUGCAAAAAGAAUCCUCAAGAAAAGCACCAUGGGAUAUGUUUUCUAUCUUGGAUCGACUGCUUUCAUAUGGAACUCAAAGAAGCAAAGUGUUGUUGCUUUGUCCACAUGUGAAGCAGAGUACGUGGCAGCAUCGUCCACAGUCUGUGAAGCAAUAUGGUUGAAGAACAUGGUGACAGAUAUUUUCACCAAGGAACUAUCGACAGAUGCAUUCAGACGACUAAGAUUGAUGCUUGGAAUGAAGCCUGUUUUGCCAACAGAAAAAAAGAUUCUCUUCCCUGUUCUUGUUGUGCACGGUACAACAGCAGGUUCCUACAAACAGUCCCUGUUCUUGUUGUGCAUGGUACAGCAGCAGAGGGUUGGAGGAGAUGUGGAAGGAAGAGCGAGGAAUCAGCACAACAGCAAUAGCAGCAGCAAGGACAAGAAGGAGAGAGUGAUUGAGAUAUACAGGGACAUUUCGAGCUGCAACACAUACAACUACGGAGACGCUCUCUACUGGGACGCUCGCUACAUCCAUGAGGCAGGCCCCUUCGAUUGGUACCAGUGCUACUCCGCCCUCCGCCCUUUCGUUCGCAAUUACAUCCCUACCUCUUCUUGCAUCCUUAUGGUCGGCUAUGGCAAUGCCGUUAUGUCUGAGGACAUGGGGAAGGAAAAAGGCCCGGAGGAGUAUGAAGACAUAGUGAACGUUGACAUCUCUUCGGUUGUCAUUGAUAUGAUGAGAAAGAAAUACGAGUAUCUUCCUCAACUGAAAUACUUGCAGAUUGAUGUCAGAGAUAUGAGCUUCUUCCAGGAUGAAACGUUUGAUGGUGUCAUCGAUAAAGGAACUCUUGAUUCCUUGAUGUGUGGCACCAACGCUCCGAUUAAUACUUGCCAAAUGGUAGCAGAAGUGAGCAGGCUUCUUAAACCUGGAGGGAUCUAUAUGUUGAUAACCUAUGGUGAUCCAACAGUACGAAUUCCUCAUUUGAACCGGUCAGGAUACAAUUGGAAGAUUAUAUUGUACAUCAUACCCAGACCAGGAUUCCAAAGGCCAGAAGGUUGUAGUUCUUCAUCAAAAUCGUACAUGGAUCCUGUCCCCAUCACAGAGAAUGGUCUGCUCCCACCAGAUUUUGUUCUAGAGGACGCUGAUUCUCACUUUAUAUAUGUAUGCAAGAAGAUGGACGGACUGAUGGGGCUUCCUACUGAAACCAUCCAGUGAUAUAAAUAUGGUGCCUCGAUUGAUGAGAUGUCCAAUUACACCACACUUAAAAUAUGUGUCUGUGUUUAUUAAAACAUUUUCCGCUUGUCAUUUGUAUAAUGUGAAUUGGAUCCCAUUCAUGGCCCAGCACUGGUCAUUAUUGACAUGCAAAGAUGAAAAAGAAGGAUUGCAUCCAAAAAAAAAAACAAA